AGAUUUAAAUACAGUAGAGCGAGAAUGCGAUUUGGCUGCUUUUUUAUGGCUUCAAUUAUUGUCUAAUUUUAUGUGAGGGGUUCCUCUGGCCGCAGUCGCAUGCGGGACCCGCGCCUUCCUGAUGGCGUGAUUAAUUGUGAUAUAAAAUAGUCCGCUUAAGAAGUGUGUAUGUUGGGAGGGGGCAGGGGAGAGAACAGAGGCAAGGCCAGAUUUGAUCUUUUAAUCUUCGUUGGCCACAAUUAAAACAAACCCGAUCGUGGAGCGGCGUGAUCCCUUUGCAUAAAAACAUAUGGCUUUUGCUAUAAAAAUUAUGACUGCAAAACACCGAGCCAUUAAUAGCGUGCGGAGUGAUUUACGCGUUAUUGUUCUGCCGGGUGGACACGUGACGCGCGCGGCCAAUGGGGGCGCGGGCGCCGGCAACUUAUUAGGUGACUGUACUUCCCCCCUGGUGCCACCAAGUUGUUACAUGAAAUCUGCAGUUUCAUAAUUUCCGCGGGUCGGGCCGGGCCGACCAGGCGCGGGACACGGCAAUGGCCACCACCGGGGCUCUGGGCAACUACUAUGUGGACUCGUUCCUGUUGGGCACUGACGCGGCCGACGAGCUGAGUGCUGGCCGCUACGCGCCAGGGGCCCUGGGCCAGCCCCCACGGCAGGCGGCGGCACUGGCCGAGCACCCAGACUUCAGCCCGUGCAGCUUCCAGUCCAAGGCGGCGGUUUUCGGCGCCUCGUGGAACCCGGUGCACGCGGCGGGCGCCAACGCCGUGCCUGCUGCAGUGUAUCACCACCACCAUCACCACCACCCCUACGUGCACACCCAGGCGCCCGUGGCAGCGGCGGCGCCGGACGGCAGGUACAUGCGCUCCUGGCUGGAGCCCACGCCCGGUGCGCUCUCCUUCGCGGGCUUGCCCUCCAGUCGGCCUUAUGGCAUUAAACCUGAACCGCUGUCGGCCAGAAGGGGUGACUGUCCCACGCUUGACACUCACACUUUGUCCCUGACUGACUAUACUUGUGGUUCUCCUCCAGUUGAUAGAGAAAAACAAUCCAGCGAAGGCGCCUUCUCGGAAAACAAUGCUGAGAAUGAGAGCGGCGGAGACAAGCCCCCCAUCGAUCCCAAUAACCCGGCUGCCAACUGGCUUCACGCACGCUCCACGCGGAAGAAGCGCUGCCCUUAUACCAAACACCAGACGCUGGAACUGGAGAAAGAGUUUCUGUUCAACAUGUACCUCACCAGGGACCGCAGGUACGAGGUGGCCCGACUGCUGAACCUCACCGAGAGGCAGGUCAAGAUCUGGUUCCAGAACCGCAGAAUGAAAAUGAAGAAAAUCAACAAGGACAGAGCAAAAGACGAAUGAUGCCAUUUGGGUUAUUUAGAAAAGAGAUGAGCUAGAGAAAAAGAGACAGGACUGCUUGUCCCCUUGUCCCUGUUCUCCCCCAACCCCAGCCUCCACCACCCUGCACAAAGCGGCUCUAAAACCCCAGGCCUCAUUUCCCCCCUGGCAAACCCUGCUCAGGCUGGCUCCUAGGCCUGCAGCUUUGAUGGAGGAGGUAUUGUAAGCUUUCCAUUUUCUAUAAGACAAAGGGGGGGGGUGUGCAUUAGCGCUGAUGGCUGUGUGUGCUAGCUUGUAUAUAUUUAAAAAAUCUACCUGUUCCUGACUUAAAACAAAAGGAAAAACUACCUUUUUAUAAUGCACAACUGUUGACGGCGGGCUGUAUAGUUUUUAGUCUGUGUAGUUAAUUUAAUUUGCUCUUUGUGCGGCAGAUCGCUCUGCCUAGAUACUUGAACACUGUGUUUUAUUGUGGUAAUUAUGUUUUGUGACUCAAACUUCUGUGCUGGGUGAUGCACCCGUUGUGAUUGUGGAAGCUAGAAUUCAAUUUGAACUCAGGUUGUUUAUGAGGGGGAAAAAACAAUUGCAUAGAGUAUAGCUCUGUAGUGGAAUACGUCUUCUGUAUAACUAGGCUGUUAACCUAUGAUUGUAAACUAGCUGUAAGGAUUUCCCAGUGAAAUAAAAAUUUUAAAAUGGGGGGAGGUUCUUCAGGAUGCAUAGAUUGAUGGUUUCUCUACUUAAGAAAUGCAGGCAUUUUAGUCUCUACAUAUGCUUUAUAGUCUUAUCUUGUUCAUGUACAUAUAAUCUAUAUAUUAAAGAAAAAGUUCAUAAUCAGACAAGCUUGAAUAUUGUUUUUGCACCAGAGGAACAGUGAGGAAAUUCGGAGCUAUACAUAUGUGCAGAAGGUUACUACCUAUGGUUUAUGCUUAAUUUUAAUUGGGGGAAAAUGCUUAUUGUAAUGGAAUUAAUUUUAUUGAUAAUAAAUUAUACACCACAAAACCGCCAUUGGGCUACUGAACAUUUGUAUCCUUGAAUAAUCUGGAUUUUCCAUCGGGCUGAACAUACACUGUAUAUUUUGCAAUAGUUACCUCAAGGCCUACUGACCAAAUUAUUGUGUUGAGAUAUUUAACUUUUUGCCAAAUAAAAUAUAUUGAUUCUUUUCUA